CUCGGUCGUUAUUCGGACGCAAAUUAAAAUAAAUUUGGUCGCCCCUGCAACUCGGUGCGGAACGAAAUGCGGUUGCAAAAAUCUAUCUAAAUUAAUUUUAACCAUCCAAAGUCAGCUAGGGCGGUCGUGUCAAGUGAAAUAUUCAACAUUUAAGUCAAGAAAUUACAACUAGAACAGCGCGUGCCCCUUUCCCCCGCUGUUGUAAUCGUGUUGUUCGUUGUGCGUGUGUGUCGUCACGGGGAAAAAGUGAAAUUAGCUACCCAUAGGAAUUCAGUUGACAUAGGGGAAUCUCUCCGGCUGUCUAAACUUGGCGUGUCUGUGUUUGUGAACUGAUUUUAAAUAAAAUAAACAAAACUGGCCCAGUCUCAGGCUACGACCGAUAGGCUAUCCUCGUUCCUCAUGGACGAGGAGGAGGAGGAAGUCACCGAUCUGAAGCUGCAAUUGUUUCACAAUACAGUACGCGAGCACAUUAUUUUCUUGCUGCUGAUCAUUCUGCUGUACUUUAGCUCCUAUGUGGUCGUCUCACGUUUUCGGCGACGCGAUCGUGACGAUCUCUAUUCGAACGACGAGGACGAGGUGCUGGUGUAUCGCAUAAGCUUUUGGCUCUGCACAUUCACACUGGCCGUCGCCGAGGGGGCUGCCAUGCUGCUGCCAGUCUCCAUAGCCAGCAACGAGGUGCUGCUCUUGUAUCCCAACAGCUACUACGUGAAGUGGCUCAACAGUUCCCUCAUUCAAGGUCUCUGGAAUCAUGUGUUUCUGUUCUCCAAUCUGUCGCUGUUCAUCUUCCUGCCGUUCGUGUAUUUGUUCACCGAAUCCACGGGCUUCGUGGGCCACAAGAAGGGCAUCCUGCCGCGCGUCUACGAGACCUUUACAGUAUUCAUGCUGAUGGCCGUCAUUGUGCUGGUACUCACUGCAGUUCUAAGCGCAGUUUUCGGGAUUGAAAAACUGCAGUUCUUUUGGUUUUUAAAUCUGGGCAGUGUUCACCUGCCGUUCCUUUAUUCCUGUGUCUCGUUUCUGGGCGUAAUGCUGAUGCUCAUUUGCACUCCCUGCGGAUUUGUGCGGCUGUUUGGCGUUGUCAACCAGGUGCUGGUGCGUCCCAUGCUGCGGCGGGAUGUGAACGAGGAGUUCGACGCCUUCUUCAUGGAGGAGGCGAGCGUCAAGCGGAAGUUGGCCCACAUUGAGCUGUACAACGUGAGCAUUGCGGAUGCCACCAAUGGCCACCAUCGAAAUGGCCGCAGUCGUGGAUACCUUCACCCGUCCUUGCUGCAACAGUCGCUGGAGCACCUCUACCAGCGCAAGCCGACGGGCUUCAACGCGAGCGAACAGCAGCUGAACGAAAGACUGAGAGAAUUGGACUGUGAGCGCAAGGAGCUGGACAAACAGCGCAAGUCGAGCACGUUCCAGCGUUCGUUUGUCUAUCCGCUGGCCAUGCUGCUGCUGCUCUUCUGCACGGGCAUGACCAUUCUAUUGGUGGUGCAAAACACGCUCGAGCUGCUCAUAGGAAUCAAGGCGCUGCCGUUGAGCACAAGGCAAUUCACGCUGGGAAUUUCAUCGCUGUCGAAGCUGGGACCCUUUGGCGCCGGACUGGAGGUUUGCCUCAUCUUUUAUCUGGGCGCCACCUCUGUGGUGGGCUUCUACAGCAUGCCCUUCAUGCGCACUGUGCGCCCCAAGCGGCACCAGACCUCACUGCCCCAGCUAAUGCUAAACUGUGGCUUCAUGCUGGUCCUGUCCUCGGCCCUUCCGCUGCUCAGUAGGAUUAUAGGCAUUACAAACUUCGAUCUGCUGGGGGACUUUGGUGCCAUCGAGUGGCUCGGGAACUUCCAGAUUGUUUUGCUCUACAAUCUGGUGUUUGGCACAACCACAGCGCUGUGCUUGGCCAACAAGUUCUCGGCCACCGUGCGACGUGAGCUGCGUGCCCGGUUAGUGGAAAACUAUGUGCUCUUUACUAACUACAUGAGCUUCAUCAACUGAUAUUUGCGGAAGCGACGGCACAACGUGUCUCUCCGGCAGCUGCAGAGUCACCUCCAGCCGCUGAGACGCUUUGUCGAGUCGCCGCUUACGAGCUUAAGUAGAUUCUAUGCCAAGUACCAUAAUCUAAGUUUUAGGAGC